AUGAUCUAUCAUGAAGGUAUUUUGGCUGUUGCCAAGCUGCUGAACGUUGAGCUGACCACAUCGUUGCAGGACACGCGGACUUUGAGAACGCAGCUUCGUGAUAUGUUUCGAAGUGCUCAAUGGACUUGUCGUUUCACAUUCCGUGGCAAUGAAUACCAAGAAGUGCUGGAACUUGAUCUUCGGCAUCUGGAACCUUGUUUGGUCACAACACGUGAAGCAGUUGCCGCAACCUCACCGGAGCUGUUGCAACGCCCAGUGACACAUGGGCGUAUCGAUUGCACCGCAAUGCGGGCUUUGGUUGCCUUCAACGAGGUCGACUUGGCAGAUGAUGAAGCUUUGCAGCAGGACCCAAACACGACCUCGGCCAUUCGUGUCAAGAGGUCUGUGGAUUGCCUGUUGUCGCAGCACGCUUCGGACAUGCCUUUUCGGGCCAAGCUCCGUUGCGCUGGCCCUUCUUCGGCCGUGAACUGGAUGCUCCGAGGAUCCGCAGGUCAAGUCUUCCAAGUUGUCCUUGGCCAGACCGACAGUUUUGGAGAAUACUCGGUUUUGUGGCAUGUGCCGGUCGCGCAAGAACGAGUUCCUGAAGUGACAGCUUUCUGGGAAUUUCUCAGCGCCACUGAAUCCAAAGAUGCAGGCUUUCAGUUUGACAAGGAUUGGGAGAGGCCGUUGAAGCGCCUACGAGGUCUGCGUGACGGGAUGCCCGAGCAGGAACGUCACAGCGAUGCCUGGCACAGCGGCGAUGCCGACCUGUUGGUCAAGCAGACGACGGUAGUGAUUCCAUGGAGACUGGAUCUCUCGCUUCGCAGCCCAGCCUCUCAGGAGAUCUACGGCCUGCUGACCAAAUUGACC